AUCAUGAUUCCGUACCGGAUGCCACACCCUUAUAAAACACAUCUCCUGCACACUCCCCUUCUACAUCCUCCCCCGCUCACUCUUACUCACAAUGGCGUGCCAUUCUCAACAAAGUCCCAACAUCAUAGACGUCGAAGAAACCUCCUUAGAAUUCGUCCCAUGCUUAUCAUCAUUCUCACUUGCCGUUGAAGACCCAACACCUCUAUCUUCAGUUUCAGCUAACUACCCAAUUACUCCAACUCCAGAUGCUCCGCCACUUACGUCCUCCUACAACGACCGCAUUCGACCACUCCUCGACGCCGUCGACAAGCUCCGCCACCUCAAGGUGGCCGAAGAGGGCAUUCAACUCCCCACCAUCGUCGUCGUUGGCGACCAAUCUGCUGGCAAGUCCAGUGUCCUUGAAUCCCUCGCCGGAAUCAGCCUCCCACGCGGCCAAGGCAUUUGCACCAGAGUCCCACUCAUAAUGAGGCUCCAACACCAUUCAAAUCCCCAACCAGACCUUCACUUGGAGUUUCAUGGAAAAGUAGUACCCACUGACGAAACCCACGUCGCCGAAGCCAUUAAAAUCGCUACGGAUGAGAUUGCAGGUAAUGGGAAGGGGAUUUCCCACACCCCAUUGACUCUAGUUGUGAAAAAGAAAGGUGUUCCUGAUCUUACAAUGGUGGACCUUCCUGGAAUCACUAGAGUGCCUGUUCAUGGCCAGCCUGAAGAUAUCUAUGAGCUGAUUUCAGGGAUCAUAAUGGACUACAUUAAACCAGAGGAGAGUAUUAUUCUGAAUGUUUUAUCUGCAACAGUUGAUUUCCCAACAUGCGAGUCGAUAAGGAUGUCGCAGCGUGUUGACAAGACCGGUGGGAGGACUCUAGCUGUUGUGACAAAGGUUGAUAGAGCUCCUGAAGGAUUGCUUGAGAAAGUUACUGCGGAUGAUGUGAACAUAGGACUUGGUUAUGUAUGUGUGAGGAAUCGAAUUGGUGAUGAGUCUUAUGAAGAUGCUCGGGUUGAAGAAGCAAGGCUUUUUCAAUCUCAUCCACUUCUUUCCAAGAUUGAGAAGUCUAUGGUGGGUGUACCUGUUCUUGCCCAAAAACUCGUGCGAAUUCAAGCCACCAUUUUAUCAAAAUGUUUGCCUGAUAUUGUGAGGAAGAUCAAUGACAAGCUGAAUUUAAAUAUUUCUGAAUUGAACAAAAUGCCUCAAAAUCUGUCUUCAGUUGCUGAAGCGAUGACAGCGUUCAUGCGAAUUAUUGGAUUGUCAAAGGAGUCUCUGAGGAAAAUUUGUUUAAGGGGUGAGUUUGAUGAGUACCCGGAUGAGAAAAACAUGCAUUGCACUGCUAGAUUGGCUGAAAUGUUAAAUGAGUACUCUGAAGAACUUCAAAAGAGUGCAGUGAACAAGUCCACUGAGAACUUUUUGAUGGAUGAGAUUCGGGUUUUGGAUGAAACAAAAGGAAUUGGGCUGCCCAAUUUCCUUCCCCGGACUGCUUUUCUGAUAAUUUUGCAGAGGAAAGUUAAGGAGAUAGCGAAUACUCCAGUUGAUUUCAUGGCAAAAGUAUGGAAUUACGUUGAAUCUGUGGUGAUUAGUGUUUUGUUGUAUCAUUGUGAUUGUUACCCACAACUUCUUUUGCCUACACGAAGAGCAGCACAUAAUCUUAUAGCAAAAAUGAAGGAGAAAUCUUUUGAUCGAGUGAUGGAGAUCAUUGAGAUGGAGAAGCUAACAGAUUAUACCUGCAGUCCGGAGUACAUGACAGAAUGGGCUAAGUUUAUGGCUCAUCAGAAUGCUUUCAUGGAGGUAAUGAAUGAUAAUUCCAAGCCAUCGCAGGUGACAAUUGAAGGUUUUGGGGAUAUUGAGGUUGGGCAUCUUCGUUUUCAUUCAAAUACUAGGGAACAAGCUUUUGACAUGAAAAUGAGAAUCACUGCUUAUUGGAAGAUAGUUUUGAAAAGGUUUGUUGAUAGCUUGGCGUUACACUUGUUGUUAAGUAUUAAUGAGUUGGUGAAUCGGAACAUGGAAAUUGAGAUUGUGAAUGAGCUCAUGGGUUCUCAUGGUGGUGGGAUUGAAAGGAUGCUAGAAGAAUCACCUCCUGUUGCAUUGAAGCGUGAGAGGCUCAACAAGAGUAUUAGGUUGCUGAAGAACUCCAAGGAGGUUGUGGCACAGAUUAUGGAUAGAAUCACCAUCGGUGAUUAGGUGCUCUAAAUAUUGGCUUCAGAAUUCUAGUUCUUCUCACUUUUAAGCCUUUUCUUUUUUUUUUGUGUUUGUGUCUUUCUCGUCUUCUUUUUGGGUGAAUGUUUUUCUUGUGUUAGUUGUAUGCAUUUUGGAAUUUCAGAACUUUGUUUUGGUAUAAUUUGGAACUUUUAAAGCCUAUAUCUAGUGGAGAAGUUAUGAGUUUCAUGGGAUGCUA